AUUUUUAUUUUUUUUCUGGAAGAGAAACGACACCAGAAAGCUACAAAAUCAGAAUGCGGGAAGUGCUCGGAAAACCCCGCCGCCUCCAAACUCCGGAUCACCAUCAUAUGAAGGCGUUUCGUCUCCUAUUUCCGCCGAAACCGCCUUUAUUUAUUCAAAGGCUCACCGCCUAUUCGUCUUCAGCCGCUAACCCUAGGUUUUCCGAUUCUUUCUUCGAAGAUGAAGAAGGCAGCGGAGUUUACCAGCACAAACUCAAGUUCCAGCGUCCCACCACAAUCCAACGGCGACAGAAUCCGGGUCCGGUCAACUCUGCUAGCUUCAUUGGCUCCGUGAUCCUCCCCCUCCGGGUCGCAAACACCGGCCACGGCGGUCGUUUUGGCGUUCACACUCUUCUCAGCGUCAGAAAUUGCCCCCAGUCUGAUAGCAGUUUCCGGAUAUUACUGAAGAUGUGGGACGAGAUGGCAGUAUUGUCUUUCAAACAUUUGAAACCAAAUGAUUUUAUUUAUGUCUCAGGUCAUCUAGGUUCUUACACAAAGAAUGAUCCGGAUGGGAGGAUCACACUGUAUCACGAGUUAGUUGUACAGGAGUUGAAUUACGUGGCACAAAACGGACCAGGACCAAGAUCUGAAAAUCAUGAGGAACCACAAUCUGAUGCAGGUGAAACUGGUUUGGAGAAGUGUAGGGAACGCCUUCACUUAUGGCAAGUAUUUUUUGCCAAUCCAUAUGAUUGGUGGGAUAACAGGAAGACAAAGUUGAAUUCAAGACGACCAGAUUUUAAGCACAAGUAUAUGGAUGAAGCUCUCUGGCUGACCCAAGAUGAUCCUCCAUGGAUUAAAAAACAAAUUCAUCGGCUUGACUUGAGAAUGGCAGAACAAGGCCAUGGCGAACAAGUAGGUCAGCAUCGUCGUAUCUCCAAGUGGGAGUACGAUGAGUAGGUGUAAGAUGUAAAGGAACAGGUUGUGGUAUUGGACUUCAUAUGCUUGUAACUCCUGAAAAGAAGUAAACGGAGGUGGAAAUUAGUCAUAGAACAGGACAGUGAUUAAGCAUGGAAAUAUGAGAAAUCGAAGUACAUCGAAUUAUGGCAUGUACUAUAUUCGGGUAUCUCUGCAGAAGGUUACACUUCAGAGCUUUUGAUGGGAUUGUAAUCAUUGUAUGGUGAUUGAUGAGAGGGGAGACGAAUGCCAAGAGGCAUGCAGGUCUUUAAGAAGCGGAGUUUAUGCUUUUUGUUCUGUUUCCAUUUGUGACUUGAUAGGAAUAAUCUCAAUCAUCAAGUCCUGAAAAGCUUAUAUUCACAAUCCAUGUCUAUACCAGGAGAUAUUUGACUAAAAUGUUAGAAGAGGGAAGCUCAAAGCUUCGUAUAAAUUGUAUUAUUGGCUCCAACACUAUGUCAUCAGUUUCAUUGAUUCACAUAUAUUACUUUAAUGUAUCAA